AUGAAGGUCACUGCUGCUGUCGCGGCUCUCGCCGCCGGUGCCAUCGCCGCGCCAAGCGGUGAUGCGCCUACCCCUGCCAAGAAGGUCGUCGCGCGUGCUUCUGCUUGUGCCUCUGCCGUAACCCUGGACGCUAGCACCAACGUCUGGAAGAAGUACAAGCUUCACGCCAACACCUUUUACCGUGACGAGGUCAACAAGGCUCUCGACGCCAUAACCGACUCGUCCCUGAAGGCCUCGGCCGCCAAGGUUGCCGAUGUUGGUAGCUUCUUGUGGAUUGACACAAUUGCCAACAUUGCCAAGGUAGAGCCUGCCAUUGCAGAUACUCCAUGUGAAGAUAUCCUCGGUCUCGUCAUCUACGACCUUCCCGGUCGUGACUGCGCCGCCAAGGCCUCCAACGGUGAGCUGAAGUACAGCGAGAUCAGCCGUUACAAGUCCGAAUACAUCGAUCCCGUGGUCAAGAUCCUCAAGGCCCACCCCAACACGGCCUUCGCCCUGCUGAUUGAGCCCGACUCUCUCCCUAACCUCGUCACCAACGCUGAUCUGACGACCUGCCAACAAAGCAAGUCGGCCUACGAGGAGGGAGUCGCUUACGCGCUCAAGAGCCUCAACCUUCCCAACGUCGUCAUGUACAUCGACGCUGGCCACGGCGGCUGGCUCGGCUGGGACGCCAACCUCAAGCCCGGCGCCCAGGAGCUCGCCAAGGUCUACAAGAACGCAGGGAACCCCAAGCAGGUCCGCGGAUUCGCCACCAACAUCGCCGGCUGGAAUGCGUGGGACCAGAGCCCCGGCGAGUUUGCCAACGCGGCCGACGCCAAGUACAACAGCUGCCAAAACGAGAAGACAUACGUCUCCAAGUUCAGCGCCGAGCUCAAGACCGCCGGCAUGCCCAACUACGCCAUCGUCGACACAGGCCGCAACGCCGUCACCGGCCUGCGCAAGGAGUGGGGUGACUGGUGCAACGUCAACGGCGCCGGUUUUGGUGUCCGCCCCACCAGUGAUACUGGUGACUCCCAGACCGACGCCUUCGUCUGGGGCAAGCCCGGUGGUGAGAGCGACGGUACCUCGGACACCGGUGCCACCCGCUACGACAGCUUCUGUGGCAAGGACGAUGCCUACAAGCCUGCUCCUGAGGCUGGCACUUGGAACCAGGCUUACUUUGAGAUGCUGCUCAAGAACGCCAAGCCCACUUUCUAA